UAAAAUUUACUGUGAUUUAUUGUGACUACACUGUGAAUAUGUAUUAUACCACUGCUUGUCUUUACAGAAAUAUAUAAUCUGGGAAAUGACUUAAUUACAAUGGGUAGUUUAUGUUAAAUACACGUUUUUAAUUAAAAAAAAUGUAUUCAAUUGAAAGCGGAAAUAAAAGCUCCUGUACUUCCACCGUCGAAGCACUAACACUGUAACACACAGCGGAAGUCAGCGGCAGACCCGCCCUACUCUGCUUCUGAUUGGCUGCCGUGAUCAAUCUCCGUCAAUGAUUGGCUCUAGCAUCAACCAAGCGCUUGUAGCUUUAACUGUAUAAUGAAGUAGCACAAAGACAGUACUGUAGACGCAGUGAAGAUAAUAACUGUAUAGUAUGUAACUUAACAACAAUGUCUUCAGCUGAGUAUUUGAGGCAGUUUGUCAACGAGCGACUAACAGCUGCUGCUGAAGAAAUAUUCGGAGUUUUUGCAAAAACUAUCAUCGAGUACGAGGAAGAGCUCGACCGUCAGCGCAGACUGUUGGAUAACGUUUGGAAACCCCAAACAGAUUUAAACAGUAUAGAGCUCCCACAGCAACAUGUCUGUAAGGAGGAGGAGGGUCUGUCUGACCAGCAGCAGCUCUGUAUUCAGGAGAGGAGCUCCAGUCUGGAACAAGAGGACCCAGAUCCUCUACAGGUUAAAGAGGAACAGGAAGAACCGUGCACCAGUCAGGAGGGAGAGCAGCAUGUACUGAAGCAGCAGACUGAAAGCUUUAUGUUGACUUCUACUUAUGAGGAGAGUGACCACAGUGAUGAUCAGACUCUGGACUUGAGUAUCGGUGAAAGACAAUUUGCAGCAAGGGAAAGGAAUUUAAGCUAUGUGUCAGUUAAAAGCUCUGUUGUGUCAGAACCAAACCGUGACUUCCAGCUCCUCUCUCACAACUUUCUAGUAGCAGAGAGCCAAAAAAGAGGCGAGCAUAAAGACUCUGGAUCGACUAGAAAUGCAGAGACAGAACCUGACAGGAGAGAAAGCACAAGUCAUCGUAACAAUGUAAACCAUCCUAACUUAUCAGAAAGUCACAGUAAUACGCAUACUGGUAAAAAGUCUUUCAAAUGUGAUAUAUGUGGAAAAGACUUUAAGUAUAAUUCGCUCUUGCAAAGGCACAUGAGAGUCCACACAGGUGAAAGCCCAUAUUUUUGCAAAACAUGUGGGAAAGUAUUCAGUCAGAAAUCAUCUUUGAAGUAUCAUAUCAGAAUCCACACAGGUGAGAAGCCAUAUUUUUGUGAAAUAUGUGGGAAAGGUUUCAAAUGCAAUAGUGUCUUGAAAGGCCACAUGAGAACCCACACGGGUGAGAAGCCGUACCUGUGCAACACGUGCGGGAAAAGAUUCAGUGACGUUUCAGCGCUGACAAGGCAUAUAAGAAUCCACACAGGUGAGAAGCCGUACUCAUGCGACACCUGCGAGAAAAGAUUCAGUGACGUUUCAGCGCUGAUAAGGCAUACUUGUAAAAUGUGGGAAGGAUUUCAGACGUAAAGAAGAAUCGAGUGUCCAUAUAAGAGGAACCGACACUGGUGAGGAGCUGCAACAGCAUAAUAGAGUGCAUACAGACAGGUGGUUUUCUGUUUGAACCCACACGAGUGAGGAGCCACAUAAUUGCAGCACUUGUGGAGUCACAUUCUUGAAAAAAUACCUGAGGGUCAGUAUACACAGAGCUGCAACUCCUGUGGAGAUGUGUCCACUAACUGAAUAACAUACAACAUACACUUUUAUAAUAGCAACAUCUCUGUAACUGAAUGUAAAAUAUUGUUAAAAUGAUAUAUCAAUUUAUAUCAGUUUAAAGCUGUUAGCAAUGAUAAUGUUUUACUUUUUUUUUUUAAACAAUUGUGAUCUCCUAAGCCAAGUGUUCAUUGUGUUAGUUUUUACCAAAUGUCUAUUCAUGAAGCAUCUUCGAAUCACAUUUAGUUUGAAGUUCAUCAAGGACAUUUAUUUAUGAAGCCUUGUAGACAUCUUUGAAAAAAAGUCAUAUUACAUUUGAGUGACUGUCAUCACUGUUUUAUAUUACAAUAUAAGAAAUCAUAUUAAAUGGGACUGUGCCUU